GGCCAAUCCGAACUCACCCCAAGAAUUGCUGAUCGAAGCAGAAGCUCUAACGUCAGUAAUAGCUCGAGCGUCCGACUACGCUGUAAUAGAAGCGGUCAGCGGCGACACAGCGCUUCAGCACAGCUCGGCAGCGCUACAGAGAAUGCACUCGCUCGUGCUAGCGCUCAUACCGCGGUUCGCUGCGCCCCCGCCGCACCAGUACAACCAGCCGCCUGCCAAUCAGCAACAGGAUCAGAACAUACUGUAUUAUAAGAUCGUGUGCAACCUCCUGACGUUCGCGCGCAACAUGAUCGAGCACGACGGCACGCGUGCGUUAUUCCGGCCCGCGCUGCACGCCAGCGGCGCCGACGCCGGUCCGCACCUCGGGGCCCUACUGGCGCUGCUGCGGCACGCUCGCGACAGCGCGCAGGCCUACGACAAGCGCGUGCACACGGCGCAGCACCAGCUGCUCGCCGUGCCCACCAUGACGCUGGACGGUGAGUGUCGCGGCGCUACUGGCGCUGCUGCGGCACUAGCGACAGCGCGCAGGCCUACGACAAGCGCGUGCACACGGCGCAGCACCAGCUGCUCGCCGUGCCCACCAUGACGCUGGACGGUGAGUGUCGCG